UCCUCUCCUCUCCUCUUUCAGAGGUCCAAGCUGCUGGACUGUCUGUCUCAGUCCUGCUUCUCUGCCUGCUGGAGGAGAAAGUCUACAGGGGAAUCGCCAGACGAGAACCUCUUGGCAUAUUCAUUCCGGCCGCCGCCGAGCCCCCCGUUGAACUUUUACGAAGACAUUGAUGACACAUUUAAUGGGGGUGACAUCAUGACUAAUGUCUGUGACCUCACAGUCACCGAGGAAACGGAUUGGUCCAAGCCCCUCCCCCUGCCUACACCAGAGGAGAAGAUGAGGCAGCAGGCGCAGGCCAUCGCCGCUGACAUAGUACCCAUCAACAUCACUGGUGAAAGUUUUGAGCGUCAGGCCAGUUUCCGGCGAGCGUUAGCCAACACAGACACUGUGAUCCGUCAUCCCCGGAACAAACUCACACGCCGCAAGACCAUGACCGGAAUACCUGACGACAUCACCAGAGAUCUGGAACAUGAAGCUAAUGAAGAGCCAGGGUGUAGUAAAACAGUGGUUCAGCCUGGUCAGUACUCUGCUUUGGGCCAGAUCGGCAUUGUCAACAAAGCCCUGCUACAGAGCACUAUCAUACGGCACUCACACACCCAGUCACACACGCCCUCACAUGCCCCAGAGGACGGUCAGACGGGGGAGGAGAGAAGAGAGGAGGGAAGGUUGGACAAGGAGAGUGUGGUGGAUAAGAGAGAGGAGGAGGAAAGGAGAGUGGUGAAGUCAUCAGUGUGUCAGAUCCAGGCCCAGAGAGGACAGGGCAUCUCUUCUCUGAUGGCUUCUCCUCUCACCCCGACCCUCAACCCUGACCCCUCCUUUACUUCUAACCCUCACCCUAGCCUCACUCUCAACCCUGACCCCUCCUUUACUUCUAACCCUCACCCUAGCCUCACUCUCAACCCUGACCCCUCCUUUACUUCUAACCCUCACCCUAGCCUCACUCUCAACCCUAUCCCUUCCCUUAAGAUUCAACCUCACCCUAGCCUCACUCUCAACCCUAUCCCUUCCCUUAAGAUUCAACCUCACCCUAGCCUCACUCUCAACCCUAUCCCUUCCCUUAAGAUUCAACCUCACCCUAGCCUCACCCCCUCAUCUUCCAUGGACAGUGUCUCCCUGGCGGGUGAAGAUGGGGGGAAGGGCUUCCACAGCCUCCCUCGUAAGGACACCUUGUCCUCUGUGAGCAGCUGCCUUACCACCCCCUACAGGACACUCUGCGACACAGCACCCUGCUCUAUGGACCAUGUCUCCCAGAGCCAGAAGGGUUGGAGCUGCAAAUCCCAGAGUCAGAGCACAUUGCUCAGGGAGGACUGGAGCUACGUGCCCCUUCUGACCUCCAGCCAUUCCUCCCCACUCCACCCUCUCUCCUCCAUCUCCUCCCCCUCUCAGACCGACUGCAGCUCUCUCUGCUCCGGGGAUACAGAGACCGCCGGACACUCCCCCUUGCAGUGGCUCAAGUCCCACAGCCACGGCUGCAUUUCUGCCGACUACGCCACCAGCAACAACCGCUGUCCCCACGGUAACCAAGACCAGCACGGUCUCCAUAGCAACAGCUGUAACUUGUCACACAGUAUCUCGCUAAGGAAGUUCAAGAGGCCCCCCGUUCCCCCUACCCGUUCCACAUCGCUAAGGCGUAAACCUGCUCGGGGAAAACCGCGCUAUAACUUCAACAAUCCUGGAGAUAGAGAGGAGGUGGUGGUGACGUUACAGAGGAGUCUCCAGACCCCCAGUCCUGCUCCCGUUUCCCCUCUGGUCUCCCCUGUGGUGUUCGAGGUGUUCGAGGAUCCUUGGGUCCCCCGCUGUCGCAGCUUCAGCAGUCUGAGCAUGGGGAAAAGGGGAGCUGCUGAUACAGCCAGCCAGAUCAACCAGGUCCCUCACUUCCACAGCUUCCAUGACCAGGUCUACCCUCCCAGCUACCGGCUCAAGCAGCCUCACCACUCUGCGCCCCGCUCAGCCAGUACUGGAGGGCUGAGCCUGCCUAUGGGACCUAAAACAGCCGCUUCUUUUCCAAACAUGGCCACCUCUGCAGGGAGGCUGCAGCGUCUGGCUUCCAACUCCAGCGGAUACUACAGCCAGUGCAACACUCUAACAUCUUCCUCACGCCAAACCACCUCCUCACCCCUCACUUCCUCCUCCUCCUCACCCCUCACUUCCUCCUCCUCCCUGCCCCUCACCUCCUCCCUUCCCAGGACUUGUUCUACCCCUGGCAGAGGAAGGCCCAAACCCCCCAUCCCAGAGAGAAAGUCCUCCCUCCUCUCCUCCCCCUCUUCCUCCUUUUCUUCCACUUCCUCCCUCUCUUCCUACACCUCUGCUGACUCUGCCAGAUACCCCCCUCUCCCCCCUCCACUACCUCAGCCUUCUCUCCCCUCUCCCCCUCCACUACCUCAGCCUUCUCUCCCCUCUCCCCCUCCACUACCUCAGCCUUCUCUCCCCUCUCCCCCUCCACUACCUCAGCCUUCUCUCCCCUCUCCCCCUCCACUACCUCAGCCUUCUCUCCCCGCUCCUCCUCCUCUACCCCAGCCAUCCCUCCCCACUCCUCUAACUUCUCCCCCUUCCCUCCUGCCUCCCUCACGUACCUGUGCAGUGCAACAGACUCAGCCCCACCCCUUUUAUACACCUGUUACACCUGCCAGUCAUGUGACAUCAUUGCCAGGAUUCCCUCCCCCUCCUUCCCCUGAGCUCUUAGAGGAUUUAGACCUCUCAAUCAACAGCCAUCCUACUCCCCCUCCUCCCCCACCUCCGCCACCUCCGCCACCUCCUCCCCCUUACACCCACACCCCUACACCACCUCCACCUCUCCAGAGCCCCUCCGGAGUGAGUCCAGGAUGGCCCCCCCGCCCCUUGAUCACAACCCAAGCCCUGCAGAGAGUCACCCUGCGCUCUGUCAAGAGGCCACAAGAGCUAGCCCCACAGGAGCUAACUAGCAUUAUGCUAACAAACCCUACAUCAGCUAAUGUCGAACAGAGCCAAGAUAGCAAUGAUGCUACACUAACUAGCAUGAUGCUAACCAAUGCAACCCCAGCUAAUGAUGCCCAGCAGAGCCCAGAGAGCAUCGAUGCUAAGCUAAAUGGCAUCACGCUAACCUGCGCCCUGGAGAGAGUGGAGGGCAUGGAUGCCACACUAACCAGCACUGUGUUAGAGAGUGUGGAGAGGAUCAAUGCUAUUCUUACGGAGGCUGAAGAGAGACAGACCACUGGCAUUCAGAAAAUGGCUGCCAAUUCAUCUGGUACUAUGCUAGCAUAUUUCCAAAAGAGACUUGAAACCAAUGAUGCUAUGCUAAAGGCGGCCACAAAGACACCGUCAGAGUCUGGCCCUCCCUGCUCCACACCGACCACUACUCAGCACACUGACAGAACCAGAGAGUCUGUCCCUCCCUGCUCCACACCGACCACUACUCAGCAGACUGACAGAACCAGAGAGUCUGUCCCUCCCUGCUCCACACCGACCACUACUCAGCACACUGACAGAACCAGAGAGUUUGUCCCUCCCUGCUCCACACCGACCACUACUCAGCAGACUGACAGAACUAGAGAGUCUGUCCCUCCCUGCUCCACACCGACCACUACUCAGCAGACUGACAGAACCAGAGAGUCUGUCCCUCCCUGCUCCACACCGACCACUACUCAGCACACUGACAGAACCAGAGAGUCUGUUGGAACAGAAGACGCCCUCCGUCCCUCAACAACCCCACAGACGCCUAGAACCCCUCAUAAGCAUAGAAUCCCAGAGAACCCUAGAACUCCAGAGGCUAUAAUGAUAGAGAAGCCUAGAACACUGGAGAAGCCCAAAACACUGGAGAAGCCUAGAACACUGGAGAAGCCCAGAACACUGGAGAAGCCUAGAACCCCAGAAAAGCCUAACGUGGUUGUUCUCUCUAGGCCACUGAGAGCAGUGGUUUUAAGUUCUAGCUCUCCUGCUGUGAACAGAGGACCAGCGUUACAGAACGGAGAACACACGCCUCGACAGGAGACCACACCCUCCCUCACCAACGGCCAACUAGAGCACUUAACGUGGGCAAACACACUCACACACUCCCCUGCUACCCCCUCCUCCACACCCCACAAAGUGAAGCUUCCUGUUGCCCUAAAGAACCCUAAACGAUCUCUACUGAGGACACACCAGACAGACACACCAACCCCACCACUCGUACUGACAAGUACACCUCCACAGCCCUUUGUCCCAGAGACAUCACCCUUUCUGGGGAUACAAUUGGCACAGACAGAGUCGCAGACAGAGACUCAACCAAAGCCAAAGCCUGAAUUCCCCUUCCUGAAACGCUACCAGUCAGAAUACUAUGUAGCGGAGUUACCAUCAAGGCCCUGUCCUCCAGUACCCUGUGUACCAGAAUUACCAACAAGGCCCUCUCCUCCAGCACUCUGUGUACCUAAGUUACUACCAAGGCCCUGUCCUCCAGUACCCUGUGUACCAAAGUUACUACCAAGGCCCUGUCCUCCAGUACCCUGUGUACCAAAGUUACUACCAAGGCCCUGUCCUCCAGUACCCUGUGUACCAGAGUUACCACCAAGGCCCUGUCCUCCAGAAGCCUGUGUAGCAGAGUUACCACCAAGGCCCUGUCCUCCAGUACCCUGUGUACCAGAGUUACUACCAAGGCCCUCUCCUACAGCAGCCUGUGUACCAGAGUUACCACCAUGGCCCUGUCCUUCAGAAGCCUGUGUAGCAGAGUUACCACCAAGGCCCUGUCCUUCAGAACCCUGUGUACCAGAGUUACCACCAUGGCCCUGUCCUUCAGAAGCCUGUGUAGCAGAGUUACCACCAAGGCCCUGUCCUUCAGAAGCCUGUGUAGCAGAGUUACCACCAAGGCCCUGUCCUUCAGAACCCUGUGUACCAGAGUUACCACCAUGGCCCUGUCCUUCAGAAGCCUGUGUAGCAGAGUUACCACCAUGGCCCUGUCCUUCAGAAGCCUGUGUAGCAGACUUACCACCAAGGCCCUGUCCUUCAGAAGCCUGUGUACCAGAGUUACCACCAUGGCCCUGUCCUUCAGAACCCUGUGUACCAGAGUUACCACCAUGGCCCUGUCCUUCAGAAGCCUGUGUAGCAGAGUUACCACCAAGGCCCUGUCCUUCAGAAGCCUGUGUACCAGAGUUACCACCAAGGCCCUGUCCUUCAGAACCCUGUGUACCAGAGUUACCACCAAGGCCCUGUCCUCCCGCACCCUGUGUACCAGAGCCACAGCAGGAGUCCUGUCCACUGGAGAUGGAGACAGAUACAGAGACAAAGCUAGAGAGUGGCUCUGUGCCAUACACAGAGUUGGGGAGAUCAGAACCUGAACCAGAGGAGAUAUGGGUGAUGCAGAAUGAAGAGAGAGAGAAUGUGCACAUCACACUGAUGCUGGGGGGGAGCGAGGAGGAGGACAGACAGAGGGGAGCCAUUGAGGAGGACAGCAGAGAUUCUGGAAGUUUCUCUCCGGAAGAGAAUAGAGAUGCUCUUAGCAGUGGACUGUCAACUGAAGAGGGGGAACUGGAGGAGGAGAGGAUGGAAUGGGACAAGAGGGAAGAGAGGCGCAGUCUGGAGACAGACGGGGCCAGCAGCUCCACAGGAUCCCUGAGCUCCAGAGAGGACAACGGUGAGGUGUUUGACAUUUCUUCAGCGGAGAAGAUGGUGACUCCAGCACGACCGCGGACUACUGAGGACCUGUUUGCUGCCAGACACAGCAGUGCAGUCUGGGAAGGCACACACGUUUGAUCACCCAGGUGUUUGGGCGUGGCGUUGACAGCAGUGUCUUCUCAUUCUCCUCCUCUUCCUCCUCCUCCUCCUCAUCCUCUCCUCCAAUGGCCCUAGCCCCACCCCUCUGCGACCUCUAGAGGUGAUAGCAUCCACUAGGGUGAGAGGUCAUAGGUCAGGGGUCA